UUUCUUUUCUUCUGCUGCGCUGGGUUUUGCUAGGGUUUUGUAGCCGGAGGGAGGAGGGAAAGGAGGCAAAUCGGACGGCAAGCUAUCAAGGGCUUCCGAUCUCGGGCGUUCUCGCAGCGGCCGCGGCGGUGGAGCGAUGGAGGGGUUGACGGUGGCGGAAGGGGAUCUGAUGGUGUACAUCCACCCGUCCAAGGCCGCCAAGAUCCGUCAUGCCAUCCUCCGUCAACUCAGCUCUCUCCUCUUCACAUAUGAUGAAGUCUUUGAAGGUGUGCUCUUAGCUUAUGAAGUGAAUAUUCGAAGUAAACGUGCAAAGAUUCUUCCAGGUUUAAUACCAUAUUUUGGAGUAAAACUAAAAGCAAAUUUGCUGAUCUUUUCCCCAAAGCCAGAUAUGCUAUUAGAAGGAAAGGUUGUAAAGCUGGGAAAGGAAUCCAUUCAUGUCAUUGUACUUGGCUUUUCUUCAGCAGCCAUUAUGUUGGAGGAUAUCCGUGAAGAGUUCAAGCAUAAAAUUAAACAUGGUGCAGGAGUUUUUGCCAGCUUGUCCCAUAAGCGACAUGUGAUCAAAGUUGGGAGCAUGAUACGGUUCUUAGUCAAAAGUUUGGAUGAAGAAAUACUCCACAUUUCGGGAUCAUUAAUGCCGUCUCAAACUGGAUGCAUUCGCUGGCUGUCCAAACAUGGUGCUGAAGAUGAACCAGAAAUUAAUCGAAGUCUCAAAAGACAAAGGGAAAGGGAGAUAAAAAUGGAAAUUGAGGAGCGAGACUCCAAAUUAAAUAAUGAGGGUGAUCAGUCAGCGAAUUUCAGCCGUGCGCAUAAAUCUAGAAAGAGAACCGCUGCAGAAUGAUUGAUAUUUUUAGUGGCUUCUCAUUUUUGAGCGAAUACCUUUUGGGAAAAAUAUUGUGGUAACUUAUGUGUUGCUCUCUGUAAAAUUCUGUACAAAUACAUGGACAAUAUUUUACUAUAUUAAUCUGGGAACCAUUUUAAAUGCUACCUGUUUAAGCUAUAUCUACAUCCUCCUUAUAGUGGA